ACUUGGUUAAAUAUCCUAGUGGUACUAUAGCAUAGUAGAUCACCACAAAAACGUACGUGGACUUGUACAAAAACGAUAACAUUGUCAAUGUUUCCUAGUCUUUUGAAAAAUCGUCAAAUUUGCGGUUAUAGGAUUUUGGUUUAUUUAAUUUGUACAAAAUGUAUACGUGUGGUGGGUACCUGUAAAGGUAGAGGGGCGUACCAAGACCAAUUAUUGCAGAAGAGAAAAUCAUCUCAGUAAAAUAGAAAAAAAAGGCAAGAAGGCCUCUUAAGCCACGUCCAUGUUUUUAUUUGAUGUCUUUUGAUUUGACACAAGUGGGAGCGUUCAGAAAUUAAAAAGUGUACUCUAGGACAAGUAGAGCUGCAGGAAUAUAUUGAUUUAUCUAAGGAUAAUGCUUGAACAAUCUACAAUCGUCCAAAAGGAAUAGAAUAAAAUAAUAAUUCGAAUCAACUCAACAAAUAAGUACAAGGCGUUUUCAAUUCUCUUAGAAAAAUGUAUUGAACUUAGAAAAUAAAGGCCAAAAUGAAAAAUAGGUUUUAUAGUUUAUUUUUUAGACCAACAGCGGUUCAAAGUAGCUUAAGAAAUUCUCGAGAACUGAUUAAAAUUUGUUUUUUAUUCGAUUUAAUCAAAAAAAAAAACCGUUCAAAUAAAAUUACUCCGAACAGUGUUUUCGAAAACCCCUUUUAGAACACUGUCAACUCGAAGUUCGAACCACCAAAGCACAUAACCCCACUUUUUUCUUCUUGUUCAAAUUUAUUAUAAACAAAACUAAAUUAAAAAUGUUUAAAACAACAGCGGAUUUAUUAAUUAAAAGCCACCCUUUGCGUGUUGUUCAGGGGAGGUUUUUUGCAGCUGCGGUGGCCGAACCGAAGUCCGAAGACAGGCUUCAAAGUUUUCGAACUUUUGAAGCCGACCCUUCCAAGCACAACACAAACCACCAGUCGCAGUUUUACAAAGUGGAUUCGACAGACAAAAAGGUAUUGUUCCAGUAUGGAGGUCUACCAAAAUCCUUCCAAAUCCAAGCAAAAACCUUCAACGAAACCUGCCUAAUGGUCAGAGACCCAUCAAUACAAAUCAUAAACCAUUUAAAAACCAUCGACUACACCCAACCUCCAAUCAAAUUCGUCUUAUAUGGUAAAAAGGGCUGUGGAAAAACCCUAACUUUAGCCCACAUAAUGCACUACGCUUACAAAAACGAUUUUUUAAUCGUGCACGUGCCCUGGGUGGGCAACUGGAUGCGCAGAUGCAAAGAUACCAGCAAUUCUGAAACGAAACCCGGAUUCAUAGAUUUGAAUAUUGAUGCUGCCGCUUGGCUGGUGCAUUUCAAGACUCAGAAUGCCAACAUUUUAGAGAAUCCAGAGCUGAAAACUACUAUCGAUAUUCAAUGGAAUAAAAGAGAAUGUACACCAAUAGGGUCUAGUUUGUUAGAGUUAAUAGAUCAAGGGAUAAAUAGGAUUCGGUUUGCUUCAAAUUGUGUCAAUUAUUUGGCGGAGGAAGUUAAGAAACUCAGUCAAAGUGGAUUGUGUAGGACUUUGUUGGCUAUUGAUGGUUUUAAUGCGUUUUUUUAUCCAAAUACUAGAGUUUUUACUGAGAAAAAGGAAAUGGUGCCUCCUAGUAGAGUAACUUUGACAGAAGGAUUUUUAAAUUUGACCAAAUUUGAUUGGAAAAAUUCAGUUAUUGUUGUGACUGUCGAUGAAAUUGCCAUUGCGGAAAAGGAUCAGAUUUCACAUUAUCCAAGGUAUCUUCUAGGGAAAUCUGGUUUUGAACACUUGGAUCCAUUCUUACCGGUUGAAGUAAAAGAUUACUCGGAAAAAGAACAUCAAAGCAUUAUGGAUUAUUACAGAGAAAGGAAAUGGAUUCAUUCUUAUCCCGGACAAAAUGACGAACUCUAUUUCUUGAGCGGUGGAAAUCCGUUUAGAUUAAUGAAUUUGUGUAAUGCUUUGUAGAUUAAUAAUGUAAAUAAAUUUGUUUUUUUCUUUCUACAAGUCGUACAAAGUCGUGCAGUUAAUUUUGUUGAAUUUUCUGGUGUUUUGUUUGAGUGAGACCUUGCAUGAUUUGAAAUUACACCAAUAAUGUCCAAAUUUGACUAUUAUAGAAAAAUUAGUGACACGCAAAGGAUGACUAAACUACCAAAAUUACUAUUUAUAACAAAUAAAAUUUCAACAAAAAGUGGUUUCAUUACAUUGAGGAGAUCUAAUUGUUAAUUAUUGCUAUUUCCGUCUGAUUAAUAAUUUCAUUUUUAUUAUGCCAAUUAGCAAAUAAAAGGGGAUCUUUUUAUCCCCAACAAAAGUUUUGUAAAAUUCCUUUAUAAUGUAUGAGCCUAAUUUCCUGCUGACAAGC